AUGAAGGAGCUUGCGUUAGCCAGUCGGAUGACCAGAAGGAGGCGGCUGCUCUGGGUGGGUGUUCGUCUUGUGCGACACGGCACGUACUGUUCUGGUGUGAAUCGAUGUCGACGAGGAACGAGCCCCCGACAGCGGGGUUUUGACUACACUGCUCUCGAGGUCGCAGAAACAGGCGGAAAGUUACACUCAAGGCCUGUCGAACAUGCCUUGGAAUAUCCUGCUGUCCACACCCGGACAAUGACAGUCUCUCAAUAUUCUGGUAAGCCAAAGGUCUCGGAUGGUGUUAUGCUGAAGUGUUUCGUCACUGUACGAUACGAUGCGAUACGGUCAAGCGGGUAG